CAUUACCACCACCACUCAACUCAACACAAUCUCACUGCCCAAAAUGAGCUCGUUUAACAUUUCCUUCUUCCUUGUUGCGGCCCUUUAUUACUUCACCUUUGCCCAUGCAGCCACAUUUGACAUAACCAAUAAAUGCCCUUACACAGUCUGGGGAGCUGCCUCUCCUGGCGGUGGCAGGGAGCUCAAAACCGGUGAGACAUGGACCAUUACUGCUAAUCCUGGCACUACUCAAGCACGCAUCUGGGCUCGUACCAAUUGUCAAUUUGAUGCUUCUGGGAAAGGUAAGUGCGAGACUGGUGAUUGCAAUGGACUUCUAGUUUGCCAAGGCUAUGGUGCAGCUCCUAACACCUUAGCCGAAUACGCACUCGACCAGUUUGAACGCCAAGAUUUUAUCGAUAUCUCUGUGAUUGAUGGGUUCAAUGUUCCUAUGGAGUUUAGUUCAGCUUCAGGAAGCUGCAGCAGAGUUAUCAAAUGCACUGCAGAUAUUAUCGGACAGUGUCCUAAUGAAUUGAAGGUCCCUGGAGGGUGCAAUGGUCCAUGCCCUGUGUUUAAGACUGAGGAGCAUUGUUGCAAUUCUGGCAACUGUGGUCCUACAAAUUUCUCAAAAUAUUUCAAGGAUAGGUGCCCAGAUGCUUAUAGUUACCCUAAGGAUGAUCCUACAAGUUUGUUUACUUGCCCUACUGGAACUAACUACAAGGUUAUAUUCUGCCCUUGAAGCAAAGUGGAGUAAUUGAUGGAAGUAUUUUAUAGCAAUACUAUAAUUUAGUAAUAAGUGAGCUCAAUAUGUCUGGCUUCUUUAGCACAUGCAGUAUUGUGCAAAUGUUUGUAAUAUUUGAUCUUCAAUAAAUGCCUUGGAGAAGUGAAUUUUACGAA